AUGCAAAAGAUAGUAUUUCUUCCAGACAAAAACAGCAUGAUCUGGAUAGCUAUCACUUUGGGGAUCGCCGCGACCGGCGUCAAUGCCCAGCUAACGACACAGUCGAGUAUAGCACCCCAUCUGCGAGAAUGCUAUAUGGACCCUUUGUUACUGGACAGGAAUAAUCUGCCCCCCACGACAUUGCCCGUUCUUAUAGACAUCAUUCAAAAGAUCGAAGAUGAUCCCAACGUUAACAUGGACCUGCGCCAGUUAAUCGUGCAAUUACUGCAUACUUACAAACAAGAUGGCAUCGAAUUUCAUCAACCGAAUGCUAAUGUACCCAUGUCUAACUUCCUUCUUCCUUACGCCCCGACAUUCCAUUCCUUUCACAGACAUAGACUUCUUCUUACGAAAAUAAUUCCGGCAAGUUCCCAAACAUUACCUAACAACACAAUUAGCUCUGCAUUGAAGUGCGCUUUACAUCACAUGAUGUCUAUAACGGUCGACGGCAGAGUACGUGGCAACGAGCAAAACUGUAAUCAGCUGGCGCAGUACCGCGCAUUGAGAACUGCCCGGGAUAUACCGCGCAACCUGAACAAAGAUGAUGUGGAAAUUUUAGAUUUGGACACUAUGAAGCUCGCGAAGACGAUGGGACAAAUGCGACACUUUAACCCGAAAGAUGACGUAGAAUACACAAAUACAGGCGGAUCGCAAUCGGAACGCCAGGUCUUAGGAGAGAGCCAAUGCCCCUUGUUGGGAGGAGUAGUAUUUACAAGGUGGGGUGCGGUAGCGGCGGGUCACCUCCUCGCUGGAAUCGCCGGGGGCGCUCAAUUUCAACGCAUACAGGUGUCGGAUUUAAUUAGAGGUUCUACGAGUAACUACCAAGUUCCUCAGAGUACUAUUUCCUCAUUAUAUGCCUCAACAAUAUCAGGUGAUUUGGCAGAAGCAGUUCUUAUACAAGGUACAGAAAGAGGAACUAACUCGAUCACCGUUGGUGUCGCCGGGAAUUGGAAUUCAACACAAGCUCCGAGAUAUUACAUGCUACACAAUCGUGUAAACGUUGAAGUCACGGACCCAGAGUUGCGAGGAGACAUCGACGGAUUCGUCCUCGGGACUUUAUUAAAUACAAAUGUUGCAGAUGCUUCUUCCGUACGGCUAUCUCAACUGCUCGACAUGUAUUACAGUCCCAGGAACGGUGUCUUUGACCAAAACAGAAGAGCUUGCAAUCGCCGACAAUUACGACAAGAAACAAUCACUAGAGAUGUCUUGGUUUCUGAAACCUCCGCGUUCGUUGCCGCUUUGGAUACCAACAUGCCCCUGCGAGGUACUAUUGUUAGCGGACUUGAACAGUUGGUCUCCACUGCGGCUGAGAAUUUUCAAUCAUACACAACUAACAGUCUGAAUGACUUGAGCUGUGUCAACACAGAGACGACGACCAAUGAUUAUAGGCUAAAAACAAAUCUCUAUUUAGUGGUUGAUGCCACGUGGCCUUACCAGGCAAUAUAUCCGGCGAUUUCCUAUCUUUUGGACAACGUUGAAGUCGGCAAAUAUGGUUCCAGUGUCACAUUACUCAACGCUUUUGAUGGAAGCAUUGUUAUAAACAAAACAUUUUCAUUGGCCGACUUCCACACUCAGUAUACUUUAGCUCGGCAUCAAGCGAUGUUUAAUGGGGUGAAUCUCGAGUCCACUCUGACAAAUGUAAGGACCUUAAUGCAAAACGAGUUGGAUUACGAGAAAUCGACUAAUUACGUUGGAGGCAAUUCGACUGUGCUAUUGUUUCUGCUUAACUCGGGAAAUUUACAGAUAAACGUGCCGGUGAUCGAAGAGGCUCGUAAAAUAAACGAAACCAUUCCGGACCUUCGCAUCUUAUUCGCAACAUCCACCAAUCAGUUUGACAGUUUAUGGAGAAUGGUUCGCGAUAUGCACAACGAUAUUCGGACUAUAUCCUUGAAUACGGAAGGAACUAACGUUGAGGUCACUAUGAGCCCCGUUCUGUCUAGAAUUCAGAUGGUUGGCAGAAGAAUUGUCAACUCAAAUUGCGGUUCUACUUUCGAGGGCCAAUUGACUUCCGGUAACCGACAAUUCGAUGACUACCUAGAACCCGGAUACACUAAUUAUUACUCGAUAAGCCCGAAUUACUUCUUUGGCAACGCCAACAGAAAGAUUCGCAUCUCGAGAACAGGCGGCGGAGCAGGCAGUCUUGUCAUCUGCCAAUCGCGAAGAUUUCCACAACCGAGACAAAACUUGACGGUAGCUGGGGUCGACGCUAACUCGGUAACUUGUCAAAAUCUGGUGUCGGGUAAUGUAGAAAUUAGUCUUCAAUCAGCCUGCGAAGGUUUCUGGACCAUUGGAUCCUGUCCAAACUUUUUCAUUUCGGUUCAGUCUCAAGUUCCUGACGGUUCAAGCUUAACAAGAAUAUGCAACGAACCAGCGUGCAGAUUUCCCUACAGCAUACGGUAUCAAGUACAAAUUGAAGAAUUAGGAUGUUUCAGUGGCGCAGGAACUGUUAGAAUAAGUUCAAUUCUUGUCUUGAGUGUUAUCUUUUUAUGUGUUUUAAAUAAAGUCUAA